AUGCCGCAGGGGAAGGAGAAGGAACAGGCAGAUAGACGGCGGGAAAUCGCCCAAAGACUCGAGAAGGAGAAACAGGCAGCGAGAAAGGCAGGAAAGGGAUUGGAUAUUAGUGCUUUUCGCGGUACCGCCGGAAUACCGCAGCUUUCGCGGGGGCCUCCCGCCGUAUCUGCUUCACAAGGGCCCCCUCCUAGUGAACCUUAUUGGGGAUCUUCGAGUCCCAGUGGCGGCACUUAUGAUGCACGCCACCAGCCGUCCCCAUCAGUCACUCCAGGGGGCACGAGAGGCAGCCAACAGCCAAAAGGCAUGCAGCUUGGGUUUAAGAUGCCAGCGGGGGGUGUCGAUAGCUCGUUGCAGAACCUCGUGCCGGAUGAGCAGGUUAAACCCACCGGUGAAUACGCCGAAGCUCAGCAUGACCAAGUUUUAAACAACCCGCUUGCGGACCCCGUAAGCAUUCUCAUUGAGGAAAAGGUUAAGGCAUCUUUGCAAGCAGAAGGAGUCCUGAAGGAGGUGGAGCUUCAAGGUACCUUCUUCGUUACUGCGAAUGAUCCACAGCGAGGGUCUCUCGCAGCAUUCCAGGUAGGAGAACGUCUUGUUGUCUCGCGCGUAUUCGAAGUUUAG